CAGAAAUAUGCUCAAGAUUUUUUCCUCAAGUUCCUGAGAAGUAUUCUGGAGAAACUUGCACGGAAGCUGACAGCUGCCUGCUUACAUAAGCAGAAAGGAAAAAUGAUUAAGCUAUUUAAAGUGAAGGAAAAGCAAAGGGAACUUGCAGAGAAUGCUAAUGGAAAGACACCUGUCAAGAAGCAAAGUGCAGGAGAAUUACGGCUUCACAAAGAUAUCAGCGAACUAAACCUGCCAAAAUCGUGUACCAUAUCAUUUCCCAAUGGCAAGGAUGACUUGAUGAACUUCGAGGUUACCAUUCGGCCUGAUGAAGGAUAUUAUCUAGGUGGUACGUUUUUGUUUUCUUUUCAAGUUUCCCCUAUUUACCCUCAUGAGGCACCAAAAGUCAAGUGCAAGACAAAGGUGUACCAUCCUAAUAUCGACUUGGAAGGAAAUGUCUGUCUCAACAUUUUAAGAGAAGACUGGAAACCCGUUUUAAAUAUCAACACUAUAAUUUAUGGCCUAUUUCAUCUUUUCACGGAACCAAAUUAUGAAGAUCCGCUCAAUCACGAUGCAGCAGCCGUUUUAAGAGACAACCCAAAGCUGUUUGAAUCGAAUGUGCGAAGGGCAAUGUCUGGUGGGUAUGUAGGACAGACCCUCUUCCCGCGUUGCAUAUAGCAGCUGGCUUGUGUUGCUAAGCACCAAGUUCAUCGCUUGAAGGUUCAAGGGCUGUAGAGUGCUGUUUGGACAUGAAUUCUUCAGAAUGUGGAGGCCCUCUGGAAGGUGUUUGUAUGCUGUGUAACUUUUUGUUUUGUUUUCCAUUCUGUAUGCUGUGUAACUUAUUGACAUGUUUGAAUUAUUGGUUGGGGAUAUCCAAUUUUCUUUAUUUUGACGUUGAGUCACCGGGACAAGACUUCAGUUAUGUAUUUAUUUCUUUCAUUUUUCUUGGUUGAAAACAUGCCAUUUACUGCCAUGCUUGGGCAAAUUAUGCUAAAACUCAACUGUCUUCUGUCA